CCGCAGAUGGGUUAACAUUGAGCAUUUGACGUUUGUUAAGAUUUUUGACAAUUGCUCAUAAUGUCGAAUUUUGAAAAAUUGAUUGAGAGUGCAGUCAGGGACCGGGUGGUCCCCGGUGUCACACUAUUGGCCAAGGAUGCAUCGGGCAAUUUCAACUAUGCGAAGGUGACUGGGAAGCGGUCGCUUGGGCCAGGCCAUGAAGAAACUCUGACUCAGGAUACCUUAUUCUCUCUCGCUUCCAUGACGAAGCUGCUAACGACAAUUGCGGCUCUCCAGCUUGUGGAGAGGGGUUCUAUCCAGUUAGACGAUGAAGUCACGCCCUUUGUACCAGUUCUCGCGAGGCAGGAGAUCUUGACUGGUUUUGCGCAAGACGGUAGUCCGAUAACUAAGGAGCGCAGUAACCCUAUUACUUUGCGACAGCUACUUACUCACAGCGCUGGUGCUGCGUACGCUUUUACCAGUCCUUUGAUACAGCAAUGGCUUCAAUAUACUGGUAGAGCCGAGUUCAGCUCUACAAUCGAUGAAGCAUUUGACUUCCCGUUAGUAUACGAGUCCGGUGAAGGAUGGUUAUACAGUAGCUCUCUUGAUUGGGCUGGGAAGGUAAUCGAGAAGGUGACGGGCUUGACACUCGAGGAUUACAUGCAGAGGAAUAUUUUCGAUCCCCUGGGAAUCAAAGGGAUUACUUUCUGGCCCAGAAAGAAUCCGGAACUCGCCCCAAGACUUGCCUCAAUCUCUGUCAGAGAUUCCGCCACUGGUAAAACCGUGUAUAAGGAGGGAACCCGGAACUUCAGUGAUGGACUAGGCGAAUGUUUCGGUGGUCAAGGCGCCUUCGCUGAUUUGCGAGACUAUUUGAAAGUUUUACACUCGAUUCUCGUCGAUGAUGAGAAACUGUUAAAGAAGCAGACUACGGCUCUAAUAUUCCAACCCCAGCUUUCGCUAGCCAGCAAGGCGGCUCUGAAGAUAGCCAUGAAGGAUCCCUCAUGGGUUGUUGGACAUUUUCCCGAUACGGGCGAAUACGACUGGGGUCUCGGUGGCCUCUUAAUUGAUGGUGAUAAGCAUGAUUACCGCAGGCGUAACACUCUGGUUUGGAGCGGCGCCGCAAAUCUCUUCUGGUUUAUCGACCGUACUGCGGGACUCUGUGGAAUCUUUGGCACCCAGGUCUUUCCUCAUGCGGAUCCUACGGUUGAGCCUCUGAUUAAGGCAUUUGAAGAAGAAGUCUAUACGAAGGCUGGGAUGCAACAGACGCUAUAG